UGUUCCAGAGGAGACAACGGUGGCCUAGCACGAUGCAGCCGAGGGUCGUCAAGCCACCUGGGCAGGAUUUCGCAGUGGAGCGCCUCAAAAGCCGCUACGGGCUGGGUGGCUGCCGCCCGGCCGAGUAUUCUGUUUCAAGUUUUGAUCAGACUAAAUCUAAGAGAAGAUCUCUAACCUCCCCAGAUGACUUGGAUGUCUACUCAUCGGGAGAUAAAGUUGAUUCCUUAUUAAGAUGGUAUUCGGAUGAAAGAAAGCAUUCCACUAUACCUCUUUAUAGUUCAUCCAAGCACUUCAGUAUGAACUGCCUAGAUGAUGAACUGGAUUCUUUUCAUAAUUUGAAGCAACGGGAAACAGAAGUAGAGUUAAUUGAGAAGGAUCAUAGAGUUAAUAACUUCAAAAUAACCAAGCAGUCUUGUAAAGAAGUAGAAAAAGCAGUAGCCUGGCCAACUAAUUUUGCCUCAAAUUCAAGAAAUUGGACUGAAUGUUGUAGUGAUGUAAGUGACUCUCCUUUGAAACGUGUCAGUUAUCCAACAUCUAAAGCAUCAAAUAAGCAGAGUUUACUUCCAUAUCAGAUCAAUCAGAUAUAUGAUGAAUUAUUCCAAAUACAUCAGAAACUGCAGUGUGAAACUGCAGCACAACAGGAAUUUGCUGAAGAACUUCAGAAGCGAGAACAUUUUUUAGUUGAAAGAGAAGAACUGCUGUUCAGACAUGAAACUGCCUUGAGCAAAAUCAAAGGUGUGGAAGAAGAAGUUCUUACAAGAUUUCAGAUUAUGAAGGAGUUACUUCAUGAAACACAGUUAAAAAUUCAAUAUCUGGAUCAUCUAAGACAACAUGAUGCAGAAGUUGCACACUUAACUGAGGUUCUCAAGGAUAAAAACAAAGAAAGCAAGAGGCUAAGGUCUUCUUUUGAUGCUUUGAAAGAAUUGAAUGAUAACUUAAAAAAACAGUUAAAUGAAGUAAGUGAAGAAAACAAGAAGAUGGAGAUUCAGGCAAAAAGAGUUCAAGCUCGUUUAGAUAAUUUACAGAGGAAGUAUGAAUUUAUGACAAUACAGAGAUUGAAAGGAAAUUCCCAUGCUGUUCAUGAAAUGAAAAGUUUAAGACAAGAAAAAGUACCAGUUUCAAAAACAUAUAAGGUACCACUUAAUGCACAAGUUUAUGAACUUUUAACUGUCUUCAUGGAUUGGAUUUCGGAUUAUCACCUUAGCAAAUUGAAAAGUGAAGAAUCUGGGAUGGAUGGUGAAAAGCUGCUAUUUAAAUUUGCUUCUCAGAGAAAUGAUAUUCAGGAGAAGUGUAUAAAGCUUUUGCCUGUGAUGACAGAGCAACUACAGUGGAUGCCAUUUGUGAAUGCCAAACUUCAUGAGCCUUUUGUAAAAUUUAUAUAUUGGUCUCUACGGCAACUAGAAGCUGGAACACUGCAUUCAACUAUGACAUCAACAUUGAGGAGAUUGGGUGAAGACAUAUUCAAAGGAGUAGUAAAGGGAAUUCAGGAUAAUUCUUUGGAACAUUCUAUGGAGAAUAAACCAAAGACAGCUGCUUUCUUUAGGAGUUCCCAUUUGCCAUUGAGAUUUUUGUCAACUUUAAUUGUUCUCAAAACAGUCACUCAAGACCAAGGAAGGGAGAGGGAGAGA